AUGUUCUAUGGACCCUUCGACAGUGUAGAAAUUGCCAAAGAAUUAAAAGAUACUUGUGAAGAUAGUUGGCGUACACCAGCCUGUAAGUGGCUUCCAAAACCAACAACCCCGAUACCCACCACUAGACGCGUCACGACCACUACAACCCCUACAACAACUACUACACUUGCUCCUGCAACCACAGUCAUCAGUGAUUCCUCUACGGAUGCCAGCAGCAAUCUCCCAUUGGUCAUUGUGGCAGUCAUCGCUAUCCUAGCGUUCAUUGCCAUUGGAAUCUCUCUGUUCUGUUAUUGCAAAAAGAAGAAGGCAGCUGGAAAAAAGGAACCGAUGACUGGAGUGACCACUGGUAGUAACUCAGCUUCUGGAAUCAGUAGCAAGGGAGCAACCACUCCAAAAAAAUCGCAGUAUGGAAAAGAGGCGGCACCGGAGAAGUCAAAGAUCAAGACUCCGGAGAAGUCGAAUAUCAAGACAGCGAUGAAUUAUUGA